GGGAAAGGAAAAAAUAAACAAAAAAACAAAAAAAAGCAACUGAAUUUCCAAUCCUGAGACCGCAAGCGCAAGGGUAGUUUUCACUUGGAUUCAUCACAAUAAACUCAAACUGCAGAAAUAGACUUUGCUUUUCAUUUGCAUUGCUACAGUGUCGCUUUACCAAAACGCCAAAAUACAGUGAGAUUGGUUUUAAAGCAACUCCGGCGUGACCACAACGCCACUUGUUCCAGCCAUGCCUCCUGAACAGACCCAACAACCUCUGUUAUCGGAGGAGCAAGAAGAGACAGCCUACGAUUCCUCGGAGAAGGUGGUGGUGGUCGGAAUCGACGACCACGACGGCGACGUGGAGGCGCCGCCGUUCUCAUGGCGGAAGCUGUGGCUCUUCACUGGGCCCGGGUUUCUCAUGAGCAUCGCGUUUUUGGAUCCCGGGAAUCUCGAGGGGGAUCUUCAGUCCGGUGCCAUUGCUGGGUACUCGCUCUUGUGGCUCCUCAUGUGGGCCACGGCUAUGGGCCUUAUCAUCCAGCUUCUCUCGGCUCGGCUCGGCGUGGCUACGGGAAGGCACUUAGCCGAACUCUGCAGAGAAGAGUAUCCCACAUGGGCUAGGAUUGUUCUGUGGUUGAUGACUGAGAUUGCUCUUAUUGGCGCUGACAUACAAGAGGUUAUUGGGAGCGCUAUUGCUAUCAGGAUUCUUAGUAACGGCGUCGUUCCACUCUGGGCUGGUGUCGUCAUUACAGCUUUUGAUUGUUUUAUUUUUCUCUUUCUUGAGAACUACGGUGUGAGGAAACUGGAAGCGUUUUUCGCUGUUCUGAUUGGUGUAAUGGCUCUCUCAUUUGCCUGGAUGUUUGGUGAAGCCAAGCCCAAUGGUGUUGAUGUUCUUGUUGGUAUUUUGGUUCCUAAACUUAGCUCCAGAACUAUACAGCAAGCUGUUGGAGUUGUGGGUUGCAUUAUUAUGCCUCACAAUGUGUACUUGCAUUCUGCGCUUGUUCAAUCAAGGCAGGUUGAUCCCAGCAAGAAAGGCCGUGUUCAGGAAGCUCUUAAUUACUACUCCAUAGAGUCCACCAUUGCCCUUAUAGUGUCCUUUGUCAUUAAUAUAUUUGUCACAACUGUGUUUGCUAAGGGCUUUUAUGGUACUGAAAUAGCAAAUAGCAUUGGUCUUGUAAAUGCAGGGCAGUACCUUCAAGAGAAGUAUGGGGGUGGACUAUUCCCAAUCCUGUAUAUAUGGGGUAUCGGGUUAUUAGCAGCUGGCCAGAGUAGCACAAUUACUGGUACAUAUGCUGGACAAUUUAUCAUGGGGGGUUUUCUGAAUUUAAGGUUGAAGAAGUGGAUAAGGGCAUUAAUUACACGAAGUUUUGCAAUCAUCCCAACCAUAAUAGUUGCUCUUAUAUUUGAUACCUCAGAGGAAUCGUUAGAUGUUCUGAAUGAAUGGCUUAAUGUUCUCCAGUCAGUUCAAAUCCCCUUUGCACUCAUUCCCUUGCUUUGCUUGGUGUCCAAAGAACAGAUAAUGGGCAGUUUCAGAAUUGGCCCUGUCCUCAAGAUUAUUUCCUGGCUGGUGGCUGCUCUAGUGAUAGUGAUAAAUGGCUAUCUAUUGCUGGAAUUCUUCUCCUCUGAAGUGAAUGGGGCAGUGUUUGCCACUGUAGUGUGUGUAUUAACAGCUGCAUAUGUUGCAUUUGUACUUUACCUUAUUUCACGGGCCAUUACCUAUACACCGUGGCAAAGUUUAACCCGAUCAAAGACAGCUACCACAGAGAGUUGAGCAGUCAAAUUCCAAUUCCUGAAAACCAUGGAGUAGGAAAUGCUUUGCAGCUGAAGGCUUUCACAAGUACUUUUCCUCGAUUUUUUUAGGCAUACUCAUGCUUGUUAAUUUGUAGAAGAAAUUAUGCUGAGGGCAGUGGUACCUUGUUGGUUGUCAUACUUCAACAAAACAAGUCAAUUAUGUAUUUGUAUUUCUGUCAAAAUUCGAUGCAUAAUGCAGCUGUUAGCAUGCCUUGGAUAUUGAGAUAAUGUAGUGAGAUACCUUUUAAAACUAAUGAUGUUCAAACAGAUAGUUCCCCUUAUUGUUC